AUGGCCAAAGAAACUCCAACAAUGUUUUCAAAGUUACUCAUGUUUAUUUGCCUUUUCAUGUUCAUGCUAAACUUCCACUCCUCCCAUGGAGAACAACAAGAGUUCGAGCUACUUUUAUCCUUCAAGUCAUCCAUCCACUAUGAUCCUCAUAACUUUCUCUCCAGCUGGGUCAAUACUUCCUCAUACACUAUUUGCAAGUGGCACGGAAUAACAUGCGACAACUGGUCGCACGUUAACACCGUGUCACUCUCAGGUAAAAACAUCUCCGGCGAGGUUUCCUCGUCCAUGUUCCAACUUGCACACGUUACAAAUCUCGACCUCUCCAACAAUCAGCUUGUUGGAGAAGUCAUCUUCAACGCUCCCUUCCUCUCUUCACUUCUUUACCUCAACCUCAGUAAUAACAACUUCACUGGCCCUUUACCUCAAUCCUUAUUUUCAUCACCGUUUAUCAACCUCGAAACUCUUGAUCUCUCAAACAACAUGUUUUCAGGCAUAAUUCCAGACCAAAUUGGACUACUUUCAAGCUUAACAUAUCUUGAUCUAGGUGGCAAUGUUUUGGUUGGAAAAAUUCCAAAUUCCAUCACCAACAUGACAAGUUUAGAGUACUUAACUUUGGCUUCGAACCAAUUAGUUGGUGAGAUUCCAACAGAGAUAAGCCUAAUGAAGAGAUUGAAACUGAUUUACUUGGGAUACAACAAUCUUUCCGGUGAGAUUCCGAAGAACAUUGGAAACUUACUUUCUUUGAAUCAACUUGAUCUUGUUUACAACAAUCUCUCUGGACCAAUUCCUGAAUCACUUGGAAACCUCACCAACCUUCGAUAUCUCUUUCUCUACCUAAACAAACUCACUGGCCCAAUUCCUGAAUCCAUAUUCAAAUUGAAGAAUCUUAUUUCACUUGAUCUCAGUGAUAAUUAUCUUUCAGGAGAGAUUUCAAACCUUGUUGUUAACCUUCAAAAACUAGAGAUUCUUCAUCUUUUCUCAAACAACUUCACAGGUCAGAUUCCAAACACAAUAACAUCUUUACCUCACCUUCAAGUUCUCCAACUCUGGUCAAACACACUAACCGGUGAAAUUCCACAAACACUUGGAAUGCACAACAACCUCACAAUUCUCGACCUCUCUUCAAACAACCUCACAGGCAAAAUCCCAAACAGUUUAUGUGCAUCUGAAAAUCUUCACAAACUUAUCCUCUUUUCAAACUCUCUCAAUGGAGAAAUCCCAAAGGGUUUAACCUCAUGUAAAACCUUGCAAAGAGUGAGACUCCAAAACAACAAUUUAUCAGGGAAAUUACCAAUGGAAAUCACUCAAUUGCCUCAGAUAUACUUGCUUGAUCUUUCCGGAAACAAACUCUCUGGAAGAAUCAAUGAUAGAAAGUGGAGAAUGCCAUCACUUCAAAUGCUUAAUUUGGCUAACAACAAUUUCACCGGAGAAUUACCAAACUCUUUUGGCAGUAUCAAACUCGAAGGAUUGGAUUUAUCGCAGAAUCAACUUUCUGGUAACAUUCAAAUCGGUUUCAGAAAAUUACCAGAGCUUGUUCAAUUGAAACUCAACAAUAACAACCUCUAUGGAAAAAUCCCUGAAGAAAUCUUCAAAUGCAGGAAUCUUGUUUCUUUAGAUUUAAGUCAUAAUCAACUAAGCGGCGAGAUUCCGGCGAAACUCGCCGAGAUGCCGGUUCUCGGUUUACUAGACUUAUCGGAGAAUCAAUUUUCCGGCGAAAUUCCGAAGAAUUUAGGAAGCGUUGAAUCGCUUGUUGACGUUAACAUAUCGUAUAAUACUUUUCACGGAAGUUUACCUUCCACUGAAGCUUUCUUCGCAAUCAACGCGAGCUCCGUCGCCGGUAACAAACUCUGUAACCGAGACGGUGACGGUAACAGUUAUAACGGUUUGCCACCGUGCAAAAGUGAUAAUCACAUGAAUUCAACCACGUUUUUCGUUUUAGUUUGUUUCGUACUAACGGGUUUGGUUGCGUUAAGUGGUGCUGGAUGUCUCGUGAUUUUCGUGCGGAAAAGGGCGAAGAAUUUUGAAGUACGAAGAGUGGUUGAAAAUGAAGAUGGUUCGUGGGAAGUGAUUUUCUUUGAUCACAAGGCUUCGAAAUCGAUUAACGUUGAAGAUGUUUUAUCGUCAGUUAAAGAAGGAAAAGUGAUUUCGAAAGCACGAAACUGGGUUUCGUACGAAGGGAAAUGUAUAUCCAGUGACAUGCAAUUCGUGGUGAAAGAAAUAAGCGACACGAGUUCUGUUUCAGUUAGUUUCUGGGACGAAACGGUUACGUUUGGGAGAAAGGUUAAACAUUCAAAUAUAGUUAAGCUUAUUGGAAUGUUUAGGUGCGGUAAAAAAGUGUAUUUGGUUUAUGAAUUUGAAGAUGGGAAGAGUUUAAGUGAAAUCAUACAUAAUUUGAGUUGGCAAAAGCGAAUUAAAAUCGCUUUGGGUAUUGCAAAAGCGAUUAAGUUCUUGCAUUGUGAAUGUUUGUGGAUUGGUUUGGUUAAUGAGGCGUUGACUCAGAUAGUUUUCAUUAACGGAAAAGAUGUUCCUCGCCUUAAACUCAAUCCGCCCGGAAUAGGAGCAUCAUUUUUCGGCGUUAAAGGUUUCGUUUCAUCAUCUUUCAUUACUCCAGAGGAAAGGCUGAGAAAAGAAGUGAAUGAGAAGAGUGAGAUAUAUGAUUUUGGAGUUAUGUUGAUUGAGUUAUUAACGGGAAGAACGUCUGUGAACGACAUAGAAGCAGUUGAUCAAAAGAACAAUAUUGUUGAGUGGGCCCAUUAUUGCUACACUGACUGUCGUCUUGACACGUGGAUAGAUCCAGUUAUGAUGAAGGGUGGAGAUGCAUCGACAUUUCAAAACGAUAUUGUUGAAACUAUGAGUCUUGCACUGCACUGUACCGCAGGUGAUCCCACCACGAGGCCAUGCGCAAGAGAUGUAGUGGAAGUACUAGAAACUGUUCACCGUAACAGAAUCGCUUUUUGCUGA